CUCUUAGCACAGGACAGAGAAUAGGGGCUGGCCCUGGUUAAUGUUUGACCCAACUGUCAGUUGACUACCUGAGCUACUGCAUAAAUGGGCAAGUUCCCAGCAAACCUUCUGCAGCAAAGAGGACAUUGAAGGCUGUAAAUAUGCGUGGGAUCUUUGCUAGUUGUGCAUUCUCAGCACUGCUGCUGGCUGCAGCCUGGGCAGACCACCACCACGACGGCCACCACCACCACCACCACGCUGAUGCCUCUCACAGCCACGAUGGAGAGCCUAGCUGCCACAAACUGUCCGCUCCCAAUGCUGACUUUGCCUUUGCCCUUUACAAAAGCCUGAAUGCCAACGCUGCUGCUGGAAAGAACAUCUUCUUCUCGCCCCUGGGCAUCUCCACCGCCCUGUCCAUGCUGUCCACAGGGGCUGCUGGGGAAACCCACAGCCAGCUGUUCUCCAGCUUAGGCUACAGUGCUCACACCCAAGAACAGGUCAACGAGGCGUACGAGCAUCUUUUCCACAUGAUGGGACACAGUCAGGAGGAUCAGAAAAUGGAUGUAGGUAACGGCGUUGCCGUGCGCACUGGCUUCAAUCCUCUGGAGAAGUUCCUGAAGGAUAUCAAGCACUACUACUCCGGUGAGAUCUUCAACGUCGACUUUACCAAACCUGCUGAGGCUGCAGCUGAGAUCAACAGAUUCAUUGCCACUAAAACCAACAAUAAGAUCAGAGAUAUGGUGAAGGACCUGGACACCGAGAUGGCCAUGGUGCUGAUCAACUAUGUCUACUUCAAAGGACAGUGGGUGAAACCCUUCGAUGGUAACCAUACACAAAAGGCAGACUUCAACGUGGACGAAAACACAAAGGUUCAGGUGGAUAUGAUGAUGAGGACAGGUCGUUUCGACUUCUAUCACGACGCCGACAACCACACCACCGUCAUCAUGCUGCCCUACAAAGGCAACACCUCCAUGAUGAUCGUUCUGCCUGAUGAAGGCAAGAUGACGGAGGUGGAGGGCUACAUCAACAAAGAUCACAUCAAGCAUUGGCAUGACUCACUCUUCAGGAGUUCUGUAGAUCUGUAUAUGCCAAAGUUCUCCAUCUCCACUGAAGCCUCCCUGGACAGUACACUGAAAGCAAUGGGGAUAACCAAUGCUUUUGGACAAACUGCCGAUUUCUCUGGCAUGUCUACCGAGGUCAAGCUCAAAGUAUCAAAGGUGUCCCACCAGGCUGUGCUGAGCGUGGAUGAAACAGGAACAGAGGCAGCUGCCGCCACCACCAUUGAAAUCAUGCCCAUGAGCAUGCCAGAAGUCCUUCGUCUCGACAGACCCUUCCUGGCCUUUAUCCUGGAGCACUCGACCAAGAGCAUUCUCUUCAUGGGCAAGAUCAACGACCCCACAGCCAUGUAAAGAUGCUUGGGACACUGUGUAGUAGGUUGUAGUAGCUACAGGACAAUGUUACCUCAGAGUCUGAAAGCCCUGUAGAAAUUCCACAAGAGCAAUUGGGGGAUGAUGAAUGGAAGAUAGGUUGAUGAAAAAGACAACAGAUGUGUCAUCAAUGAAAGACAUGUCAGCCUAUUAAUCUGUUUGCAGUCUGUCAGUGGGACACAUUUAUUACCAUCUGUCAUUUGAACCUGGCUAGGUGUAUAAAUGUCGAAAUACAUAAUUAUAUUGUUUCCAUCGGACUGUUAAAUAUGAUACAGGUAAUAAAAGCAUUAGUAGACAUAUCGCUUGAGGCAUCUGUUGAAACAAUGAGCCAUCGUGUUAUUGUGCUAUUUCUGUUUUAACAUGUUGAUGUGAAGUGAAAUAAAGACUUGUUAUCAACAACG